CCGGGGACGGGCUCUGCAUCCUGCCGGCUGGGUCCCACCGUCGCUGGGCGGAUGCAGCCUUCCGCUGCCCCUGCCUCUACCGAUCCUUUAGCCAUGCUGGACCCCGCAGGGCACUUCACAAAAAGAAAGAAAACCUCUUUUUGGUUCACAGUCGCCUUGUUGGUAGUGUCUGUUUUCAUACUGACCAUAGGCCUUGCAGCAACCACAAGAACUGAAAAUGUAACUGUGGGAGGCUAUUAUCCAGGAAUAAUACUUGGUUUUGGAUCCUUCCUAGGGAUUAUUGGUAUCCAUCUGGUAGAGAACCGAAAGCAAAUGCUGAUAGCAUCCAUCGUGUUUAUCAGCUUUGGAGUGGUAGCAGCUUUCUGUUGUGCAAUUGUUGAUGGUGUGUUUGCAGCACGUCACAUAGAGCCUAGGCCUUUGUAUACUAAAAGGUGCCAGUAUUAUACAAGUGGAAUAGGAUACUUAUAUGAUGCCUACCAGACAGAGGUGACAUGCUACGCCUUAAACAACAAAUGCCAGCUGAAAGUGAAAAGUAACACAUGUUACUGCUGCGAUUUAUAUAACUGUGAAAACUCAGAACACGCUACCAGCUAUUAUGAGUUCCUUGGUGUGAGCAGCUGUCAGGAUGUCGUCCAUCUGUAUCGACUCCUUUGGUCAUCCACCGUCUUGAACAUCGUUGGCUUGUUCCUUGGCAUAAUCACAGCAGCCAUACUUGGGGCCUUUAAAGAUGUGGUGCCUGUAUCCCAAAUUGCCUUCAGCUCUGCUCCUCCACCACAGAUACUUUACAAUCCAGCUCAGCAGAUCUUGACAUAUGCCGGAUUUUGUCCUUCAGCAGCCUCCCUUCCUCAUUAUCCUUCCUAUCAUUUACCCCUUCAGCCUACCGGCAAUUUCCCAACAUCUUCGUCUACUGAUGUAUCUUUGGCUGAUGACCCCCAGCCACCCUCUCAGGCCAGCUGUAACCACGGGGUUCCUCCUAAUGCUCCUCCGUUAUAUACACCAGCCUAUUUCUUGUCAGGUGAAAAGCCUCCACCGUACGUACCGUAGCCAAUAGAUCAUUAUCAACCUGUUUUUGAAAAGAAAACCAGCUUUCACAGUGACAACAAUGUGUGCUGACUAGGUUAGCUUAUGUCAUUUUGUGUGGCAUGGUAUUUCACCAUUUUAAGUCUGUGUCACAAUGAAAAACGGGCAUUGUAAGCCUAAGCAAAUAGUUCAUGAAAUCAAUGGCAGCCUCCUUUUCAGCUACUGGGUCUACUCCCAGCAUUAUCAAGUGAUUUUUUUCACACCAACAAAUAUAUUCUUCUCUGACAGGGCCACAAUUGACUGUAUUUGAGAUUUAUGUCUGGCUGAACUUAAGAUAAAUUGUCAAAAGUAGUUUGACCUUAACUCUGCUUUAC